AAAGUGCAUUUAUAUUUUCAUUCACAUAUCCGUUUAGAACUCCAAGAUUAAGCGUGCUUGAAUUUGAAAUAAUGAAAGGAUGGGUGAUAUAUCGGAAAAUGAUUCACGAUAUCAUGCGAGUGAGGCUAAAGCGCGGGAAAAGAUCAUGUGGUGAUUGUAAGGUCAGUAUACAAGAUUUUUGAGCCUCUGAAAAUUAACGCACGUUCCGUCGGAAUAAAUAAGGUCCAUGGACCGAGAGCGGGACAUAGGAGGUCCACUAGCCAUGGACGGUCGGGCAUUAUAAGUGAUAUCAAAACUAAAUAUAAUGACAUUGGUUACAAAACUGAUAAUUAAAUAAUAUACAAUAGAUUGGUUUUAUGUUUUUUUGUUAAAGAAAAAUAGAUUGGUUUUAAAUCUGAUUUAUUUUGGUUAUGUAAAUUAUAUAUUAAUUUACUAAUUUGAUAAAAAAUAUUAUAUAGCAGAAUAUAGAAAUGAAAGAAAAUUUAUUAAAAAGUCUCUUUCCUAAAUGACAAAAGUUUGACCAUAUAAUUUUUUUUACCAAAGUAAAAAGGUUACUAGUUUUAUUAUAUAAACACCAUCUCCCCUCUUAUGCAACACACAUCUCUUCUGUCUUCUUCUUUUCCUGCUAGCUUCUUCUGAAUAAAAAAGGAGAAAUGAAUGCUUUUGAUGGAACCUACAGAGGUGUGAGGACGUGUUGGGCUGCACCGUCUAGUCCUAGCCCUAGAUCGCUACUAGCAAUGCUGAAUCAAGGCGACAACAAUGAUGUUGUGGAUCAGAUCAACGAGAUCUUCCCUCAAACUAACCAUCAGCCUGAACAAAGAUCCAGUCUCCGCGAGAGAGUAGCCGCACGAGUUGAAUUCAAUCUUCCACCGCUCGAGACACAGAACAACCGUCCAUUUGCUGCUUUCUUCAGGAACCCGUCGACCACCGUUCCUUCUCCUCUCGUCCUAAUCUCUCCAGGAUUCAGCCCAUCUGCUAUGUUGCAAUUUCCAAACACGUUCAUUGAUCCUUCACACAUGAUCCUUCCGUCUCCAGUCGCCAAUGGCGGGCCUCCAGAGGCGGUUGAAAGUUCUGGUGCCGACCAUGCAACGAUGAUGAUAUCCAACAACGAUCCGAUGCACGUUGCUCUGCCUCCUCAACAAGUCGCUGCUUUUGAAUCUGGUCCAGCCCUUAACGAAACCGACCUCAUCAACAUGGAAAUCGAUAGGAAGAACGAGGACGAAGAGGAAUACAAGGAAGAUGAAGACGAAGAACACAACAUUGUUGAUGAGCUAGAUGCUGAGCCUUCAUCUCCAAAGAGAAGGAAGUUUGGGGAAUCAACCAUGAUUGGAGCGACAAGAUCAUGUAAGAGCCAAAGAGUUAUCCUUCAAAUGGAAACUGAAGAAAACAAUCCUGACGAUGGUUUUCGCUGGAGGAAAUACGGUCAGAAAGUUGUCAAAGGGAACCCAAAUCCAAGAAGCUACUACAAAUGCACAUACACAGCGUGUGAUGUGAAGAAGCAUGUGGAGAGAGGAGCAGAAGAUGUCAAGUUUCUAUUGGUUACAUACGAUGGGAUACACGAGCACGAUCCACCAGCUGCACGUGGUAGCAGUUCUUCCGGUCUAAAGGGCCAGUACAGUUCAUCAGUGUCUCAAGACCAUAACAAUCACCGAACCGUGCCGCCUUCUUCCUCUUCGGCCUCUGAAGCCCUUAGGUUUUUCCCUUCUUCGUUGGACCCACCAGUGGAUAUGACACAGUUCUAUAUGACUGGACUCGCUAAGCUGCCGAGUUUACCGGUUUACCAGAACCAUGGUUUGAUGAACUGGAAUAAUGAACCAGAGAUUGAUCGUGUGAUACCGGACGGUACAGAGGUAUUCAAAGGGAUCAGGGAUCGACUUAAUCUCAACUUUGGUCUCAACCUUUAGAUCGUAAACUUUUGAUGUCACCCUUCUUUCUGUCCUUACCCGUAUACCGUAGUGAUAUACAAUAAUAAUACAAGAUAUCCAAAAACUUGUACUCAUCAUCAGCUUUAUUAUGAUUUUUAAUACAUUUUACUCUUGGACUUUGACCAAUUUAAUUUCUAUCAGUUAGAGAGGCUUACUAUUGUUAAUUGGAACCAAUCCUAUCCAAAGUAAAAUAGAACGAAACAAUUUUUUUUUUUUUUUGUUAGCAAAAAAAAAAUUAAUUUUUUGUUUAAUUCUAACUAUAUUUUUAAAACAAACCCAAUCCGAACUAAGCUAAAGAGAGUGAGAGAAAAUUUCCGAUUAUAACUCAAUUGAAAACGAGCCCAGAAUUAAAGUUCUGAUUUCUGUUUUGUAUUUUGUCAUGUAAUUUAACCAAAUCCGUUUUCUAUUUUGCCAUGUAAUUUUUCUUGGUUAUAAUGAGUAUCCUUCAUUCAAAAAUAAAAAAAGAACCGACACAUGAAAUACAGUGAAACCUCUAUAAAUUAAUAAUGUUGAGAUUACACCAAAACUAUAAUUUUUUUUAUUAAUUUAUAGAGAUAUUAACCAAAAAUUCAAUUUGGGACUAUAAAAUUAUAUUAUUUUAUAAAGAUUUUUAGUGUAUAUUAAUUUAUAGAGUAUUAAGUUAAAGAGGUUAUAAUAUAUAUGAAUUGAAUCAGAGGUUGAUCCGUUAAACGUCCAGUACCUAUCAGAGCUGUCUGCACGAAUCAUAACUAAAAAGUAAAAUUAGGUCUUUUGUCAAAACCACAAAUUUAUUUUGUUCAUGUCAAAACUGUAAAAUUAUGUUUUUUUCAACCAAAACUAUGAAAACUACAUUUUUCUGCCAAAAUCGGAGAAUUACACCAAAACAGUAAAAAUACGUUUUUCCACAAAACCGUAGAAUUAAGAUUCCCCCUUAAAACAUAAAUUAAUGGUUCCACUAAAUCCAUAAAUUUUUCCGUAAAACCGUAAAAUUACGAUUUUCCUCCAAAAAUAAAAUUAUGCUUUUCACCAAAAAUGUAUAAUUAUGUUUUUACACGAAAGCAGUAAAACUAUAUAUUCCCACCAAAAUCGAUUGGAAAAUUACACCAAAACAGUAAAAUAUGUUUUUUUACCAAAACCGUAAAAGUUAUGUUUUUUCCACGAAACCGUAGAAUUAAGAUUUUCCCCUAAAACAUAAAAUUAUGGUUCCACUAAAUCCGUAAUUUUUCCGUAAAACCGUAAAAUUACGAUUUUUCUCCAAAACAAUAAAAUUAUGUUUCUCGCCAAAAUGGUAGAAUUAUAUUUUUUCCACGAAAGCAGUAAAACUAUAUUUUCCCACCAAAAUCGAUUGGAAAAUUACACCAAAACAGUAAAAUGUGUUUUUUACCAAAACCGUAAAAGUUAGGUUUUUUCCACGAAACCGUAGCAUUAAGAUUUUCCCCUAAAACAUAAAAUUAUGGUUCCACUAAAUCUGUAUUUUUUCCGUAAAACCGUAAAAUUAUGAUUUUCUUCCAAAACAAUAAAAUUAUGUUUCUCGCCAAAAUGGUAGAAUUAUAUUUUUCCACGAAAAUAGUAAAAUUAAUUUACCCACCAAAAUCCAAAACUAGGUCUUAUGCCAAAACCGUAGAAUUCUGUUUUUUCCAUCAAAACUAUGAAAUUAUAUAUUCCGUCAAAACAGUUAAAUUAUGUUUUUCACUAAUGUUGUGAAGUUAUAUUUUCAUGUCAAAAGCGUAAAAUUUGAUUUUUCGCCAUAACCAUGAAACUAUGUUUUUCGUCAAAAUUGUAAGAUUAGGUUUUAUGUCAAAAUCGUAAAAUUUAAUUUUUCACCAAAACCGCGGAAUUACAUUUUUUCUACAAAAAUCAUCAAAGUAUGUUUUUGGUAAGCUCAUGGACGCUCAUAAUCAAUUUGGUAUUUAUUCAGUUAGACUAUAUACCAAUAGGUCUUUAGCCUAAUUAGACCAAUAUGUAAUUGGAUGCGACUGUGACCCCUCCAAAAUGAAUUAGACUGGGUUUAUCAUGGACGGUCUGUCCAAUUGACAGCUAUAAAUCGAACCGCUUGUGGGCUUAGUGAUUGAGCGGUUAAAGAGCACAACCCGGGUUGUUUAAUAUAAAAUGGGUAAGGAUAUGACUAACUUUGCGUCCAAACAGGCCUCAUCUUUUAUUCGUGUCAACAGAGCUCAGAAGAAUUGGAGGGAAGAUUCUGGGAUUGAAUUGAAGAAGAUAGAAGGAAUGGAGGAAGUGAGGAGUUCUGUGUUAACGGAUGAAAUACUGAAGCGUUAGAACCUUUGUUCCGUCGCCUGCGUCUCCGCCCCUUCUCUCACAUCUCUAGAUCUCUUUGUUUGUACAUAACUAUAACUGGUUCUCUUCCUCAACUUGUCAAACUGGAGACCAUCCUCAAAAAGAGCUAUUUCCUGACAGUGACUUGACUUACAGUGCGCUUCAGUCUUUGGGCUCUUGUCACCAACUUACAAGCCUCUCCCUAGUUCAAACAUGUUACAACCCGCUAGAUAAGUGAGACUUGCAAAGAUUUAGAGUCAGUGAGACUCGGUGGGUUCCCAAAACUCAGCGACGUUAAUUAAUUGGUUUCGCAUCGCUCCUGAAAAGGUUUGAAGUAUUAGGACUUGCUUCCACGUGACAGAUUCUUCGAUACAGGCUGGCGCUGGCUACAAGCAAAUAGUUGAGGAAGCUCAAUGUCCAUAACUGUGUGAGCAUGACAGCUGGAGCUCCAAGAUGGCUGAGCAAGCCGUGUCAACUGCAGGUCUUCAUUGGCUCGGAUUGGGACAUACAUUGUUUGUUGGUCGAAGAGAGACGGUCACAGCUAUUAUAUGUCAGAGACCAUGGAUCACCUUGUGUUUUGAUGGGUGUGAGCUUGGAUGCUAUCAUGGCUGGGAAUUCCACACGUCUCCCAAAUUUAAUGUAUUGUAUAAAUUAUAAAUUCGAUUCAGAAAAUGAUCCAAUAGAAUGUGUAAUUUAUUUGAACUUUUUUAAAAAUUGAUUGUAAGCUAAGUUUAGGUGUUGUGCUUAGAGUAUAGUAGAGAGCUCCACAUGGCUCUAACACACAAAGUUUUUAGAAGUAUGUAAAAAACAUAAAA